UACGAAUAGCAACACCGCAAAAUCGAUGGCUCUGCAAUCUUCAUUUCGUCGUUUUUUGUCAAUUGCAACGCUGCGCUUCUCUCCAGCGUUCAGUCUUGCCCAAAUUCUCGACCCCAUUUCACAGAAGUCUCUCUCUCCACUUCUCACAAGUCUGCUUCCAUUCGCCCACUCGCCACCGCCAAAGGUAACUCUCAGCUCAUGCCACCCGUUUCACGAAAAUUGUCUCUUUGAUUAAAUAGAGUGAAAAAAUUGAAUCUUGUAAUGCCCCAGUAUGGACUUGGAUAAAGAGGAAAAGACGAAAACAUUAGUUGAUAGCUUAUCUUUGAAUUAUGUCGUUUCUUUGCUGAAAAUGUUUGGUAGCCAGUCAAGGCAAUAAAAAUUGGAAUCAAUGUUUACAUGAAUAUUUGAUUGGUUGAUAAAAUUUGAUUGGUAAAUGAAGAAGUAGUUUUUCUUGAUUAUGAAGCCUCUGUUUUUUAAUUUUGUAAAAAAAAAAUUAUGAAAGAGAACACAUUAGUACUGAACAAAGAUGAGAGGUUGGGGGAUGGAGAAGUGAGCUGUGCAGAGCCAGUUCCGAGUUCGAGCACAAUUGCUGCGAUUGUGACUUCGUUGGGUGGGCCACCUGGUGCGGUGGGGAUAGUCAGGUUGUCUGGUCCUUCAGCAGUCUCUAUAGCUGGGGAAGUUUUUAGACCAAUGUCAAGAAAGAGGAGGAAGGGUGUUCGUUGGUGGCCUAAUAGCCAUGUUGUUGAGUACGGUGAGGUUUUGGAUUCUCAUGGCAACGUCAUUGAUGAGGUUCUGGUAGUUCCCAUGUUGGCCCCAAAAUCUUACACUCGUGAGGAUGUGAUUGAGCUUCAGUGCCAUGGUAGUGAAGUGUGUCUGCGACGUGUGUUAAGGGCUUGCCUAGAUGCUGGAGCGAGGCUUGCGGAACCAGACGAAUUCACUAUACGGGCUUUUCUAAAUGGCCGUCUCGAUCUUUCUCAAGCUGAGAAUGUGGGAAAACUUGUAACAUCCAAGUCGAUGGCUGCAGCAGAUGCUGCAUUAGCAGAUUUACAGGGAGGCUUCUCUUUCAUGGUCAAAUCAUUAAGAGCUCAAUGCAUUGAGUUACUUACGGAGAUUGAAGCCCGUCUAGAUUUUGAUGACGAGAUGCCACCCCUUGACAUUAACUUAGUUACCGAUAGGAUACAUAAGAUGCUGCAAGAAGUAGAUGGUGCUCUGGAAACUGCCAAUUAUGACAAGCUUCUGCAGUCGGGAGUUCAGAUUGCUAUUGUUGGCCGACCUAAUGUUGGAAAAUCAAGCCUUCUUAAUGCUUGGAGCAAGACUUUAUCCCUUUAUGGCCAUUUCUCUACUAUGCCUGAUCAUGUAACGAGUUCAUUGUGUUUCCCUGGUGUUGAGAGAUCCGAAGCAGUUGCUAUGGGUGCCGAUGUCAUUGUUAUGACAGUAAGUGCGGCUGAGGGGUGGACUUCCGAGGAUGACAGACUUCUUGAGAGAAUUCAUAGCAAUAAGAUCGCAACUUCAUCGACUUCUCCAGUGGUUCUUGUGGUCAAUAAAAUCGACUUUGCUUCAUCUUGUGCGUGGGUAGACACACUCUCAAGAUCUUUCAGAAAGUACGUCUUCACCUGUGCCGUGACUGGUAAAGGGAUCUCCAACUUGGAAUCUGCAGUCGUAGAGCUAGUUGGUCUGAACAAGAUCCCUGCUGGGGGUCGGAAAUGGACAGUAAAUCAGAGGCAAUGUGAGCAGCUCGUUCGUGCAAGGGAGGCAUUUGUGAGGCUGCAGGCGUCUAUUGAGGAAGAGAUCCCUCUCGAUUUUUGGACAAUUGAUCUCAGAGAAGCAGCCAUGGCUCUUGCACAGAUAAGCGGAGAAGACAUCUCAGAAGAAGUUUUGUCAAAUAUUUUCGGCAAAUUCUGCAUCGGUAAAUAGUCGGGGUUCGUUGUUUUUUCAAAAGAAAAUUGAGUAUAAGAGACACAUCUUUCAUUACAAAUGCAUUUCUUAGUCAGAUCAGUUUGUCAUAGUCUGCAUUACAAAAAACACAAUAAUUAUUGUGAUGCUAUGCCAGAAAAGAAUUCAAAUAAUGAACGAAUUUCUAUUAUUUCA